UUGACAUUUGUAUUGUUUACUGUUCAGUACGGUUUCUCAGUGUUUUAAAAUUCAAUUAAUAAUUGUUUACAUUUUUGUUAUUCAUUUACAUAAAUACAAAUAUAAUCUAAAAUGAAAGACGUUACCUCAUAAUUGGCCACUUAAUAUUCAUAUUUAAAAGUUGAAAAAUGUCUGUAAUUGUGAUAGCAGUUGCAACUGAUAGUGGAGUACCUAUAUUCUCAAGAAAACGAGGGAAUUGCGAUAAUGUUCAAUUUUCCACUAUAGCAUCUCUACAUGGUAUUAACAUGUUUAGCAAAUGCCAUAAUUUAACAAUUAUGAAAACACAAGUGGAUAAUGGAUCCAUUUUAUGGAAAGAAUAUUGUAAAAGUGUAACUCUAAUUGGCAUAGUAACAGGAGGCCUGGAAUGUGAUCUAGAACUUCUGUUGUUAUAUGUUCAUAAUCUUAUGGUCUUUUGCAUUGGAAAGAAAGAACUGGAAAACCUAAAAAAUAUAGAUCAAAUAAAACGUGAAUUACGGCAGUGUUAUCCUAUUCUAGACUGCUUAUUGGAGGCUGUAGAUCCUAAUUGUGUAUCCCAAACAUGUAUGUUUUUGGAUCUCAUUCAAAGUAUGUUGUGUCCACAGGCUCAGCAACUACAGCAAGUAUUAGAUAGUUACUCAGAAAGAGUUACUGGGAGAUGGGCUUGUCUUAGUAUUCAUGGACACAUAGUAGCUACAAGCACUGAUUUCUAUGAACUAGAUUCUGUUGAGGCUAAAUUGCUAAUGUUACUAGCUGCUUCACAAGAUGGUGCACCCUUAAGGGAAACGCCUAUUUAUUUACCACAGAUGAGCCCUAAUGUUGCAUUUAGAGCAGUAACAUGCAAGUUAUUAGCUGAUGUCUAUGUGUUGGUGAUAUGUGGAGCUACACCACCUCUCUCUGAAAUUGAUGAGAUAGUCCUACAAUGUUGGGAAAACUCUGCUCUUAUCAUAAAAGAGGCAAAACUUGUCUAUCCUAGAAAUUUUCCUCUUAGUAUUACAUUUGAACCAUGUAUUCUAGGAAUUCUAAUAGUUAAUAUACCGAAAAAAAGAUGUGUGUUUUCACGACAUCUAGCAGGGAAUCAGAAAGGCAAGAGCAUGUCAAGUCCGCACAGGAUUGAUGUAUUACGGACAUUUUUUGUCACAACUGCUAGGGACUUAGCGCCAGAGUUACAGAUUAAAGAAGGGGAUGAUAAGGAAUGUAGCAGUUCACAAUGCGUCCCAAGUGAAGCAUACUGGUGUUCAGAAUACCAUAAAUGGCACGCCCGUCGAACUGCCGACCUCAUGACUUGUGUGCUGUAUGCACCCACUGUACCUAUACAUACAGUAAGGUUGUUAACCAACCAAAUAUUGCAAGAAAUAUCUACCAGCAAGGAAGUGUAUUGGUAGAAAUGUACUUAAAAAUAAAACAGUUAAGACUU